CAUUUACCUAUGACAACAAUCAAUUAAACUUUUAAUACCUACAUUUUCUAAAUGUAAAAAGCGAACUGAAACCCAAAGUAUAACAUAAAAUAUAUUUAAAAUACUCCAUUUAACAAAUUUAUAUUUUAUUGACAAUUGAAAUACAUAAUUUCACUAUAGAUAUGUUUGUAUAAACAAAGGUCUUUGUAACGAGUUGUCUGCUUUUCUAGAAUGACUUGACAAAUGAUUUCUGUCACUAGUAAUUCAUAUUUUAAACAAAACGUAAACAAACAAAACAAUGGAAUCAACAGCUAUUAAUACACAACAAAGUGGGGAAUCGAAAUUAAAUACAACUGGCUAUGAAGGAUUUACCUCCAGCCGAGGUCAGCUCCUGGUGGGCGAACAAAAAUACAUUAUACGCAUAUUAAAAAUGAAUGGUUCUACAAUGGUUUUCUUGAGCUCAGCCGAACCGGAAUGUUUAGAUGAAAUAGCGUUGGCUAUGAAAAUGCCACAAGAUAAUAAAAUCGUUGGCACAUAUAUUUUGGGACCUCAAAUUAUAACAGACUCCCAGCGUAUGGCUGAGAAGUUGUGUAAACGUUUUGGAAGACAUUUUAUUGUCAGCUACAACGUAAAUGUGGAUCGAAUGACAGCACCUUUGCUGGAAAAACAGCUGAGUGAAUAUAUACGGGCACAUGAAGAUCAAUUUGUUUAGCUUACGGAAAUAUUUCUCUAAAUGAUAAGCUUAUUUUUAUAAAAUAAAAAAAAAAAAAACUUGUGAAGAUAAGUUCUUUUUAAAUGAAA